AUGUCAAAACGCCAAAGGGAAGAUAGUGAUAACCUUCAAGAGGAUAAGAAAGAAUAUGGUAUUAUAAAAGAAUAUAGAGAUUUAGAGAAUGACCAAUCAACAAAGAAGGUUCAGAUAACCCGUACCGGUGAUAUUAAAAUUGCUAUUGAAGAUCUAAACAAGAUCGAAAAUUUAUUUUCGAGAGCAAAAAAUAGCAAAAAUAAUAGUAUCUUUGCAUAUGAUGCAAAGGCUUUAGUGAAUAUUAGUGAAAUGGCACAAAUUAGUAUUAAAAAUUGGAAAAUGGACGUUACUGGUGGAAUGGUUAAUGUGAACAAUAUUAUAAAUGGUAGCAAGAAAUAUAUGUUGAAAGAUUAUUUUAACGCUAAUGGUAUUCAAGAAGUUGUUGAAGAUGAUUCAAGAUCGAGAAAUAAUGAAGAUGAUAACAAUGAAAUGAAUAUUACUAAUAAUAAUAACCCUAUACAAUCAAAUACAUUACAAAAAACUGUUCUUAGAAGUUCUUAUUUAGACCAAUUUAACAAAUAUGACAACUUUUUUCAAUUUAAUUGGUAUAAAUUAGGAGGGUUAUACAAUGAAUUAAGCCGCGGUGUUGAUUCAUCUGACCAUUUAAUGGGGCCAUUAUCAUUGGAACAAAAAAAAAUUAGAGUUAACGCUGGCCCAAGGAAACGUGAUGCUGCUGUAGGAGCCGCAAUCACUGCAGAAAAAGUUACGAAAGAAACUUUAAAUGUUAAACAAGAAAAAACCACGCCUGAAUAUGUUCAAAGAAGUUAUAAAAUUUUAAAGAAAAAAAUGGGAUUUGAAAGUAUUAGUCUCUUUAAAUUUAUUAUUGAUCCUGAGUCAUUUUCAAAAUCAAUUGAAAACCUAUUUUACACAAGUUUCCUAAUUAAGGAAAAUAGAUUGGUUCUUGAAGAGGAUGAAGAUGGUAUGCCAACCAUUAGAAUUAAAGAAGAAAUACUAAGUAAUACACAGGAAAGGGCUAUUGAAAUCCAAAAUAGAAACAAGGCUCCUCAAAACCAUAUUAUAUUUCAAAUGGAUAUGCCAACAUGGCGUAAGUUAAUUGAAAAAUAUGACAUAAAAUCCAGCUUUUUACGUAGUUCUAAAAAAUCUCACAAAAAUUUGAGCACAUGA